AUGGACCGACCUCCUCUUGAUAGACCUCUUGAUCGCCCACCUCUUGAUCGUCCAUCUCUUGAUCGUCCAUCUCUUGAUCGUCCACCUCUUGAUCGUCCACCUCUUGAUCGUCCGUCCAUGGAUCGUCCUAUCAUGGACCACCCUAUGCUGGAUCGCGCUCUCUCAGACCGUCCUCCUUUGGACCGCAAUCGCGGAUUGGAUCGAGACCGUGACAUCAUGCGAGACCGUGAACGUGAACGUAAUAUGGAUCGACGCGAACGUUUUGAUCGGCGUGAAGAUUGGCAGAUGCGUCGACCAGAUCGAGAGGAUCGCGACCGUUCUGUCGAGCCAUGGAAAAGAGAGCAUCCCCCAAACCGUGCAGACGGCCGUAUCGGCUCAAUUGCUCAUGGGGGCUCUUCAUUCAUAGGCGCGCCUGCUUCGGAGCGUAUGCCUGAUUUAGGUCCUAUAGAUCAGGCUCGCAAACCAUCCAUCAUUUCUAAUGUCAGCGGACAUGAAGCUAGACGCGACAGUGAUCGAUCUGAAAUUCCUCCCCUCCGCUCUGAACCUCCUAAGGAUUUAGGACCAAUCAAUCAGCACUCACCCCCCCCAUCAGCACCACAGGUCCCCGCAUUUGGCUCUGUGGCUGCUCCAAUACCAUCAGUACCACCCGUGAAAGGACCAUCCGAAGGUCGUACUUUAAGCGAUGCGUCGGUUCAGGCCGAGAAGCCUCAGAAUGAAAAGCCUAAACCGAUAUCGCAGGCUCCAACAGCCCCUAAAGCAGAACGAACUGAUUCAACAGCACAAUCUUCAGAUAUUUUAAGCCAGUUCUCUCACAACCGCCCACCCCAAGAAGAUCAGAGGGCAUUUUCGCAAAUACCAGACCGAUCUCCGCCGACUGCACCGGCUGCAAUGGCAAAGCGGGAUUCAUUGAAUGGCCAGAUAGAGUCGCAAGGAGCACCGAAAUCAAACACCGCAUCUACCUCACCCACCAUCUCUCGCUUGCCCGCGCCGCCGCGCUCACUUUCACGUGAUCCGUCAAUUUCUCCACGAAUGCAGCCAUCCAACAUACCUACCGGCCCUCGAGGAUAUCCGCGAUCAGGCUCCUCACCGCGGGGAGGCAGUAAAGGAAACAAGCCAUGGGCUCGUCCUGGGUACAGUCGUGCACCAUCUGUAUCCGCCGCUCCACCAAAGAAGGAAUCCGACGAGCAAGAGUUCAUGCGUCCACCCAUUGAAAAAUCACCAGAGGAGAAUCGGCGGACAUUUGCAGGUCUAAGGGAUGAUCCUCAGAAAGAAGCAACUAUUCCUGCUGAAUCCAUUCAUGCUACAUCUCCAAGCUCCCCGUCUAUGAAACUUACCAUCCGCAGCAGCCCGCCACCGAUAGCAAUGAUUCAGUCCCCGCCUAAGGGGGAUGAGCAGGCGCGAAAGCUAGAGCACAGGCCGGAGAGGCCUGAUCAAAAGGCUGAACAAAUCAAAACGCCAGAGCAGAAGCCCGAGCCGGCUGCGGGUCCAGAAGUAGAGUCGAAGCAACAGCACCAGCUGGAGCGGAUAUCAAAUUUUGAAUCAAACAAUCAACAUCACCUGGCACAGAAAUCGCAUCAAGUGCCUCCAGAGCAGGAAGAAAAGCAGCCCGUUUUACAAGACCGGCCAAAGCCGGAACAGGAGCCAAAACAGCACAAUGAGUCUGAACCAGCAGGAAAAAGCCAAACGUCUCUUAUCCCUGGUUUUGCACAGUCCAGUGAUGAAGAUGAGGAGAACGAAGUCUUCAGUCAUGAAUAUUUGGAAGAACGGAAGCGCAGUUUUGAAAGGGACAUGGAACUUCUUCGAGCCGAGAUACCAUCUUCUCCUCUGGAAGAUCCCCAUAUUGUCUCUCUCCUUCUGAGAAUUCAAUUACUGGGUAAAAUUGCCCAGGAAGAGACGGCAGACCCAGCCCCAGCAGAACCCGUUCCCUCUGUUGAGGAAGAUGCGGCGCCUCCCGUGUCGGAUGAGGAGCGAGUCGUGACGUUUGCUCCAACCGCAGCUGAAGGCUCAGUUGAGCCGGCUCCUCAAGCUGCCAUCCAAUCCGCUGUACCGCAUCCUGAAAUCACCGUUGAUGGCCUGCCUUUCUUGAACGAUGGCCCCCCAACUCCACUCUCUGAUAUGGAAAUAUGCCAAGACGAUUCCGCCAAAGCACAGCUCAAAGAGGUGUUUCUUAACGAGCUCUCUAAGCAACAAAAGGAGAUUGCGAAGAAAAAUGCUGCCCUCAGAGCAGAAUACAUGGCUUAUUACAAGCCUUGGCGGUUGAAUGUUUGGGAGCUAGAUCGUCUCAAGAAUAAAAAGCCUUUGACUCCUGGCCCGGCCUCUCCACCGCCAUCUACAGUCCCUGUUACACCAACUGUGAUGCCGGAGGGUCGAGAAGGUCGACGAUACAAGGGCAAUAGCGAGUUGGAUUUUCUCAAUGCUUUGAAGGCAUCCGAGAUCUCUGCACAGGAGGAGUUGGAGCGACGCAAAACAGAAAUGGUCACCGCUCGCCCUGACUUGUCCCGCGAAGCCAUAAUUCCAGAAAUGCUGGAGCCACGAGAAGCGAAAGCCCGGAUCUACAAGGAUGUUAACAAUGCCGUGGAAACCGAUGCUGCCAUGGAUGUAUUUGGCUUCCUACCACCACCAAACGACUUUACUAAGGAAGAGCACACAAUGUUCACAGAUGCUUUCAUGGCGUAUCCUAAAAAAUGGGGCAAGAUCGCUGAGGCCUUGCCUGGUCGAGAUUUCCAGCAGUGCAUUGUCCACUAUUAUCUUACGAAAGAAGAGAUCAAGUACAAGGCAAAGCUCAACAAGCGGUGGAGCAAGCGAGGAAAGAACAAGACUAGGUCCGCUCGGCCUAAAUCCAAUGCGCUUAUUGCCGAUUUGGGUGUGGUCAAGCCUGACUUCGACGGGGAAGAGGAGCUUCCAGCUGUUACUGAUACCGGACGUCCUCGACGCGCUGCUGCUCCAACCUUCGGUGAUUCUAAUGAUGGUCAAAGUGCGAAGGAAUCUGAGCCGAUUGAAAAGCCUGCGUCCCGACGUGGUGGCCGACUUGGUGGUGCUCGUGCCCCAAAGCGCAAUAAGACAACCGAGAAGGAACAGAGAACUCAAGGGCCACCACCGCCGCCACCGCCGCCUCCGCCGCCGCCGCAACAAAGCAAUACUCCUCUCGCUUCUAUUCCAAAAACGGAAUUUGGUUUGGAUGGCAUGGUGGACCCUGUUAUGCCUUCAGAUCGAGAGAUGAGCGAGAGAGAGGCCCAGAUCCCUGCCUCUCGACCCAGAGCUGGACGUGGAAGAGCAAAGGAGGGCGUGUAUGUCUUUGAAUCUACAGAGACUGAUCCAGCUAUGAUUCCCAAACAGCUGGAAACAGGAUAUGGAUCCUUGCAACCGACAAGUUACUGGUCUGUUCCUGAGCAACGCGAUUUCCCUCGAUUGCUUGCACACUUCGGUCGUGAUUUUGAAGGCAUAUCCAAUUUCAUGAAGACGAAGACAACGGUGAUGGUAAAAAAUUACUACCAGCGCCGACUCGACUCAGGACAGAAAGACUUCGAGGAGCUCCUGUUGAUUGCGGAGGAUAAGAAAACUCGCGGCGAGCCAACUGGGCCUCUCCCUGUACCUAGCGUUGCUCCUAAGCGACGUUAUGAGGCAACCCCGUCCACCAUUGUUCCUCGUCCUCUUGCUCCUCAUGGCGAUCUGAUGGCGGAGGCGGAUGAAAUGCGAUUUUCCUCCAAAGGCAAGCCCCUUGCCAUGUCUCCCCAGCCAAUGCCAAUCCAUGGCCGCCCUCUGUCCGAGAACGAGCGAGGCCCUAAUCGCUAUCCAACAUUGGCACAGGCAUCUACUGCGGGACCAGUGCCCGCGGCUGCGACGAGCCUUGGUGACGAGACUCGUGCAAUGCGAGGACAUCCAAAUCGGAUGUCGGGCCCACGAUUAGGAUACUUCACCGAGGAUCGUCGGGAUUCUUCAAUGCUACCUCACUCGAGCUCACGCGGCCAGGAACUGCAAAUGCCGUCACGUCAUACUCCAUCAGCAUCUGUCCCCUCAGAAUUGGCGCGAAUGGAUCCUUUGUCCGGGCAGGCCUACAUGUCUGCCCAGGCCCCUUCCAUUCUCGCCCCUACUCAUUCACGCCAUACCAGCCUCACCCAACCCCCUGGCUCGCCAACACAAUUACCCAGACCCGAGCUUGACAUAUCUUCUGUUCACCGUGAUCCCUUCGGACAACGACAGUACUACUCGCUUUCAGGUCAGCCUGGGGGACUUCAGUCACCGCGCCCAGUUUUGUCUCCCACUAAAGAUGUUCCUCGGAUGAGUGGUACCCCGGCGCCUGAUUCCAAGGUGCCUGCUAAGCGCUCCAAUAUCAUGAGUAUUCUCAAUAACGAGCCAGAGGAGCCUCAGCCUCGGAAGCGAUUCGCAAGUGAAGCUCCAUCUGCGCCUGUUUCUGCGGCUUCGGCUCCACGUUCUCUUUACCAAGGCAUGGGUGCGAGUCGUGUAGAUGAGACUCCAAUGUCAAGUGUGACGACGAACUCUAGUUACGGGCAGCCAAGCCAGUAUCAAACUUCAUCCCGUGGCUAUCAGGAAUACUCUACUUAUGGACCCCCUCCUGGUAGCUCAGGAACAUCGGCAACCAGCGACUGGAUGGCGCGUUUCGAUCCUCGGGCUCAGCAGGCAGGCUCGCAAUCACAACCGCCACCCCCUUCACAGUCGAGUAGUCGUCCAACCGGAUCGCUGGUCUCCCAGAAUCAAUAUCCACACUAUGCUACCACCCCGUCCCAGUCGACCGGUCAGUUAAGCAAUAUUACGGUCCCGUCCCCCGCGCCAACGCCUCCACCAGGUUCUCAGCGACCUGCUUAUCCCAAUGUGUUUUCUCAACCAUCGGCUGGCCCAGGACAUGCGUCAUCGAGUUCUCGCGACUUGACUUCCCAAAAUCAAACCUACCGACCUGUAUCUCCAUCUUCAAGGGCAAGCAGUGUCGCUUUUGGCUCCAGUCGGGAUCCUCCUACCCCAGGUCAGCCAUCGGCAAGCUUGUAUGGUAUGCCACCCCGUCCGUCUGGCGCACAAUCAUCGUAUUCUCCUGCCACACCAUCUACAACGGCCUCUGCGCAACCACUUGGUCAAAGCUAUCAACAUGUCCAGACCUUGAUGAAUGGAGCACACCGCUCCACCCCUGUGGGCUUGACUGGUGGUCCUCCGGCGUAUGGACAUAGCACUCCUCCCCCACAGGGUCAAAAUGGCCGAUCGAUGCCAUCACUCUCGGGCCUUGCACGAUCGUAUACUCCGCCAUCAGGAAUGCAUCCUUCGAUGAGCGGCAGCAGUAUGGGCUAUGCGCCCCCUCAACCGUCGGCUGCGGGAACAAUGCAGCCUCUUCACCAACGGCCUGCAGGACCAGGUUCGCUGGGCGAACCGACAUCUACACCAACUCAUCAUCGUGUCUACAGUCAGGGCUCGAUGCAAGGUGGAAUACCACCAUUGCACCCACCAUCGCAACCACCUCGCUAA